AUGGCGGGCUUCCACUCGUCCGCGUGUCCGGCAGCGGAUUUGUCGCAGUCGUCUGGGCCGUCCGUGACGGAAGAGACUGUGUCGCUCGUUCAGGCGUCCGAUAAAGGCAUUGGACUCGCUUUUGUGGAGCAGCUGCUGAAGCGGCAUCCAACUGGCCGCGUCAUUGCCACGUGUCGAGAUCCGAUGGGCGCUCAGCACCUGGACGCACUUCACGACCAGAGCGGUGGACGGCUGGAUGUGAUGCAACUGGAUGUGACUAAAGAGGAUACCAUCGAGGCUGUAGCAGCAGCGGUGAGGCAGAAGUACGGCAAGUUGGACCUGCUGCUCAACGUGGCAGGGGUGCUGCACCGCCCCAACGAGCUACAGCCGGAGAGCAGUCUGCACUGGCUGUGCCAGGACGCCAUGCUGCUGGCAUACCGAGUCAACGCCAUGGGGCCCAUGCUCGUGCUCAAGCACAUGAUGCCGCUGCUGGUGACAGGUGGCCACACCAACCCCAACCGCCCCUUCUCCAUAGUGGCUAACAUGAGCUCUCGCACCGGGUCCAUCUCUGAUAACCACAUUGGGGGAUGGUACUCGUAUCGCGCGUCCAAAGCUUCUCUCAACCAAUUCACCAAGACGGCAGCAGUGGAGUUGGCCGCCCAGAAGAGCCCAGUGGUGGCCGUGCUUCUACACCCCGGCACUGUAGACACCGACCUUACCCGCCCAUUCACUUCGCACUUGCCGGCCGAUAAGAUCUUCACGCCGGAUUUUGCCGCUGACCAGCUAUUGGAUGUUAUCGAUGGGUUGAGUGAGAAGGACAACGGGCGGUUUAUCGCAUAUGAUGGCACUGACGUGGCGUGGUGA